AGAUUAGACAUGCAUAAUGAUAGCGCUCAACAAGUUGGAAAUGUAACUUGCGCCUCUCUCUCGUUUCUCCUCUCUUGAAUGUACAAAUAUAUCCAUAUUUAGACUUCUACGCCAGUCAGUCUAACCGUACAACCUUUUGGCCAGCCGCACGCCGACGCAACAGCUGUUCUCUUCGCGUGCGCCGCCGGGAACUACGCAUCGUGCGCCGGUUCCAUGACUAGGAGGAGGGGGAUGAGCUCGUCUUUGCUCCCGCACACCCCGUCACCGUAUUCCGUUCAGGUCUCACUUGUUUCCUCCAUUGCUCUCGUUCUCCUCUCUCUAGCUUUGCUGUCUUGUACUGGUACUACUUCUUUCGCCGCCUUCGCAUUUUCUCUCCCGGAAACGGAUCAGCUGUUAGUUGCCGAAGCGGGCACAGCGAAUGCGUCCGAAUUGAACUCCACCGGCAAUGGACCGCGGAAUCGGCCCAAAGAGGACAGCUUUGCUGACAUGAUUGAUCGAGCUCUGGAAAAGGAAUUCAAUGAGACUGAUCAGAGCGAAGCUAGUGAUGCUGGCAGCUUCAAUAAUACUGUUUCAGAGCAGCAGGCAGUAUUGGAGACUGUGGCUAGAGUUAAGACCAAGAAAAAUGACACAAAAAAGGAAGAACAGUCAUUUCAACUUCACCAUGUCUUUAACCUUGAUAACGACCAUGGAGCAGAAGAGACACCGACUUUGAUUGAUAGGAAGGACAAUGUCUUUAUCAUAUCCAAUUUCAAGUCAAAAUAUCCUGUGCUACAAUUAGACUUAAGGUUGAUAUCAGAUCUGGUCGUGGUCAUUGUUGCUGCAACUUGUGGUGGAAUUGCUUUUGCUUGUGCUGGACAACCAGUUAUAACUGGAUACUUACUGGCAGGAUCCUUUGUUGGACCCGGAGGCUUUAAUGUUGUAAGUGAGAUGGUGCAAGUUGAGACUGUUGCUCAAUUUGGUGUAAUUUUUCUUCUUUUUGCUUUGGGACUGGAAUUUUCCACGAGUAAGCUCCGAGUUGUCCGUGCUGUAGCUGUUCUGGGAGGCCUGCUUCAGAUUCUCCUAUUUAUGUGUCUUUGUGGAAUAAUAGUUUCGUUGUGUGGUGGGAAAUCUUCAGAGGGUGUUUUUGUUGGUGCGUUUCUCUCAAUGUCUUCAACUGCAGUGGUUCUAAAAUUUUUGAUGGAAAAGACCAGUACCAACACUCUGCAUGGACAAGUUACCAUUGGCACUCUAAUUCUUCAGGAUUGUGCAGUGGGUCUUCUGUUCGCACUACUUCCUAUACUGGGAGGAACCUCUGGGGUACUACAGGGAGUGAUGUCAAUGGCAAAGUCGUUACUGACGUUGCUCACAUUUUUUGCCAUUUUAACAAUAUUGUCCCGGACAUGUGUUCCUUGGUUCUUGAAACUGAUGGUUAGCUUAUCAUCACAGACCAAUGAACUUUACCAACUGGCUGCUGUUGCAUUCUGCCUCCUCGUUGCUUGGUGUAGUGAUAAGUUGGGCCUCAGUUUGGAAUUGGGUUCAUUUGCUGCUGGGGUGAUGAUAUCAACUACCGACCUUGCUCAACAUACUCUGGAACAAGUUGAACCAAUACGAAACUUCUUUGCUGCUUUGUUUCUUGCUAGUAUCGGGAUGCUUAUACAUGUUCAUUUCCUGUGGAACCAUGUUGAUAUCUUACUAGCAUCGGUUAUACUAGUGAUCAUUGUGAAAACUGCUGUAAUUUUUACAGUCGUCAAGGGGUUUGGCUACAACAACAAAACUUCACUUCUGGUUGGGAUGUCUUUAGCACAAAUUGGGGAAUUUGCUUUUGUGCUACUCAGUCGUGCAUCAAAUCUUCAUCUUGUUGAGGGAAAACUCUAUCUGCUGCUUCUUGGAACAACAGCUCUUAGUCUGGUGACUACUCCAUUGCUUUUUAAGCUAAUACCUGCUGUGGUGCAUCUUGGUGUACUACUUAGAUGGUUUACACCUGACAGCCAGAAUGAGUUGGGAUUAAAAGGGGAAAGCCUCCGGUCAGAGAGCGUUAAACAGAGGAUUGCCUUGAUAUCAAAGGAUCUCUUGAUUCAUGAAGGUUAAGCUUGUAUUAUAAAUUCCUCCGGGGUGGGUGUAGCAAAAGGCUACAUAGGUUCUCUAGCUGAAUAAGCUCAAUGUGGCUCGAUGUGGCUCAAUGUGGCUCGAUGUCUUGCUAUAUAUACAUAUACGUCAAUCACACCACUAACAAGCUGAAGGUUUCACAUGAUGUAACGUCAAUGUGAAGAACUUCUGAGAAACGGGAAAAAGACAUCAGAGGUUAUAUCUAACUGACAAAACCACUAACAAGCUGAAGAUUUCACAUGAUGUAACAUGGUUUUUUUUUACCUAGGUAUUCUUUUUCAUUCGUCUUAGUGUAAAAUAGUCUUUUGUUUGUUUGGGAUCUAACUGAACUACUGUACUAGACCGGUUAGUUUAAAAUUUCACCCGCAUUUGGUAUGUAUCUUUUCUUAUGUAAAUCCCUGAAUGUAACUAACAUUUUCGUGCAUCCCAUCCCCUAUGCCAAUUGUAUAAAAUCUCAUUUCUCUGCUUCUCUUGAAUAAUUG